CCGUCUCUCCAGCUUAUCACCAAGAGAGGUUCCACACCAAAGGAGGGAGAGAGAAAGAGAGGAGGUCCAGCAACAGCAAAUUCAAGGAGCACCAUCAGUCAGCCCAAAAUGGAGCAGACCAAAGCCCUCAAUGCUCUGGAGCCCUUCCUAGCCCUCUCCAAAUCUGCUACCUCUCCUCGUGCUGCGGCCGACCUCAUCAACCGUGCCACCUCCGCCCCCGGCACCUACGCCUUCACCGAGCUCCUCAGCACGCCCAAUAUCGCCGCCCUCGCGUCGUCACCCGAGCCGGAAUUCCGGGCAUGGCACACCCACCUCGAGCUCUUUAGCCAUGGACUCUACGAGGGCUACGCCGCCGACGGCACCCUGCCACCCCUGAGCCCAGCCCAGCAGCUCAAGCUCCGCCAGCUCUCCCUGCUGACCCUCUCGCGCGACAAAGCCCGCCUCACCUACCCGGCCCUGAUGCGCAGCCUUGGCCUCGCCACCCCUAGGGACCUUGAGGACCUCGUCAUCGGCGCCGUCUACGCCGGCCUGCUCUCUGCCCGUCUCAACCCCGCCCGCCGCGAGGUCCAGGUCAACAACGUGGCGCCCCUUCGCGACGUACGCCCCGCCUCUGUCGCCGGCAUCGUCACCACCCUGCAGGAGUGGUCUGCCCGCUGCGACGCUACCCUUGCCGAGCUCGAGGCCUCCGUCUCUGCCAUCCGUGCCGAGGCCGCCCGCGCCGUGACCCGGAGGCGUGAGGACGAGAGGGUUGUUGCCGUCGCUGUCGCCGCUGAGGAGAAGGCUUCUGCCGCCGGCGGUGCCAGCCUCGCUCCUGAGGGAGGUUCUGGUGCAGGCUCGCGGCAUAGGUCGAGGAAGACCCACGGCCACUCUGCCGUGGCCAAUCUGCGGUCACAGAUCAAUGCCAGUGGCCCUCUCGGCAGCAGUGCAGGCGGCGGCGGUGCGAAGAGGAGCAGCGAGAAGCUGAUGGAGAGCACGGCGGGCGCAGAUGACGACGACGAGGCGAUGGACCUGGAUGACGACGCAGAGGGGCCCGGCCAGGGGCGAGCCAGUCGACGUAGGUUGUGAGGUGAAUACGGACCAACCUUUGCCGAGAGAACGCGGUCAUCAGGCACUCCUAUACUUACUCGCCGUUUGCAAAUCGGUCCAGAUAUGAAUUGAUGGCUUAAAACCACAGACGAUACCGAGCACAAUUGCCUCAACCACCGUGUGCAGUGCUCCCAAAAAACUCAAAUGAGGAGAUACCUCUCUAAACCUCGGUGGGGCUGGCUCGCCUUUCAAUUAUGGCGAUAGACAGAUUCGAGAACAAAGGACAUCUUCUCAAACUACG